GAGAAAUUAAACACAAACAGCUAUUUUGUUUACGGCACCACAAACAUACGACAUUUUACAAUUUUGCGUAAAUUGAGUCUACACAAUGUCCGGGCUAGAAUCGUACGUCAACAACACGGUAUCGAUAAUCACCGCAGAUGGACGCAACUUUGUCGGCACGCUAAAAGGAUUCGACCAGACCGUAAACGUAAUCCUGGACGAAUCACACGAGCGCGUAUAUUCGAUGACUGCCGGUAUCGAACAGGUCGUACUAGGAUUGCAUAUUAUCCGAGGCGAUAAUAUUGCCAUUAUUGGUCAGCUGGACGAGAGCGUCGACAGCAAGCUAGACUUUAGCGCCAUACGCGGGAUGCCAUUAGAACCGGUUGUGCACUAACGCAUCAGGCACAGCAGGCCUGCACCUAAUCUUUGGUAAUACCAACGUGUUCUAACCAAAUUGAUCAAUUGUUAGAUGUUGUAUAACGCUAAGAAUGCAUGAUAUAAUCUUAAGAAAAUGAGAUGUAAUUGUACUUUUGCAGUGCAAGCAAAACUGCAGGAAACCUUCAUUUAGAUUUAAUGAAAUUUUGGUUCUCUAAUGGUGUGAAAUACAUUAACAAUAAGU